CAGCUCGCUGCCCAGCCCCGCCUUUUGUCCACGUCCCGCUUCUCCUGGCCAAUGUCCCGUCCUGUGGCUGCGGCCAGCCCCUCUCCGGGGCUGUUUCCAUUGGUCCCGAGGCUAUCCCACGGCUGCCCUACCCGGAAGUAGCCUUGGGGAGGCGGUUUCCUAGACUACGACACCGGAAAGCUGGGGGCGGUGCUCUGGGCCGUGGAGGGCGGAGGGUGGUGGCAGCGCUGGCGCUGGGGACCGGCUCGGUGGCUUCGGCACACAGUUUGGCGCCGGCGGCCGCCGGCCUCGCUCCGCAGCUCGCCCUCGACACGGCUCGCCAGCCUCCUCGCCGCCGGCAGCCCGCGAUGUGGCCCACCGGGCGGGUGUAGCAGCUGCGCGUGCGCGGAACCGCGGGGCCAUGAGCGAAGCCGGCGGCGGCGGCGGCGGUCGGGGCUGUGGGUGCCGGGUCCCCCAGCGAGCGCCAUGGAGCCUGGUGGCAGCGACGGCCUCUCUCUGCCUGGUGUUGGCCACGUCCGUGUGCACGGCGAGGGCCGCGCCCAUGAGUAGGGAAGAGAAGCAGAAGCUUGGAAAUCAAGUCCUGGAAAUGUUUGAUCAUGCUUAUGGCAACUAUAUGGAACAUGCUUACCCAGCUGACGAACUCAUGCCUUUAACCUGUAGAGGCCGCGUCAGAGGCCAGGAGCCGAGCCGGGGUGAUGUAGACGAUGCCUUGGGAAAGUUUUCCCUAACACUGAUCGAUUCUUUGGAUACUCUUGUGGUUUUAAACAAAACUAAGGAAUUUGAAGAUGCCGUGAGAAAAGUCUUACGAGAUGUUAAUUUAGAUAAUGAUGUGGUUGUAUCAGUCUUUGAGACAAACAUCAGAGUUCUUGGGGGUCUUUUAGGCGGACACUCACUGGCGAUCAUGCUGAAGGAAAAAGGGGAAUACAUGCAGUGGUACAAUGAUGAACUUCUCCAAAUGGCAAAGCAGCUGGGCUACAAACUCUUACCAGCUUUCAACACCACCAGCGGCCUUCCUUAUCCCCGAAUUAAUUUAAAGUUUGGCAUCAGAAAGCCGGAAGCUCGGACAGGAACUGAGACAGACACCUGUACAGCCUGUGCGGGGACCUUGAUCCUGGAGUUCGCUGCACUGAGUCGGUUCACAGGAGCGACAAUAUUUGAGGAAUAUGCAAGAAAAGCUCUUGAUUUUCUCUGGGAAAAAAGACAACGAAGUAGCAAUUUAGUAGGCGUGACUAUCAAUAUCCACACUGGAGACUGGGUGCGCAAAGAUAGUGGAGUUGGAGCAGGGAUUGAUUCAUAUUAUGAAUAUCUGUUGAAAGCCUAUGUCUUGCUUGGAGAUGACAGUUUUCUGGAAAGAUUUAAUACACAUUACGACGCCAUAAUGAGGUAUAUCAGCCAGCCACCUCUCCUACUUGAUGUGCAUAUCCACAAACCCAUGCUGAAUGCUCGGACCUGGAUGGAUUCUUUGCUCGCCUUUUUUCCAGGUUUGCAGGUUUUAAAGGGUGAUAUUAGACCUGCUAUUGAAACUCAUGAAAUGUUAUACCAGGUGAUUAAAAAACACAAUUUUCUACCAGAGGCAUUUACUACAGAUUUCAGGGUCCAUUGGGCUCAGCACCCUCUAAGGCCAGAGUUUGCAGAAAGUACCUACUUCUUAUAUAAAGCUACAGGAGACCCUUACUACCUUGAAGUAGGAAAAACACUUAUUGAGAAUUUGAACAAGUAUGCUCGAGUGCCUUGUGGAUUUGCUGCCAUGAAAGAUGUUCGCACUGGGAGCCAUGAGGACAGAAUGGAUUCGUUCUUCUUGGCUGAGAUGUUUAAAUAUCUCUACCUGUUAUUUGCUGACAAAGAAGACAUUAUUUUUGACAUAGAAGAUUACAUCUUUACAACAGAAGCUCAUCUGUUGCCCCUCUGGCUCUCCACCACAAAUCGCAGCAUCUCCAAGAAGAACACAACCUCGGAAUACACAGAACUGGAUGAUAGUAAUUUUGAUUGGACUUGUCCAAACACUCAGAUUCUUUUUCCUAAUGAUCCAUUGUAUGCUCAGAGCAUCCGUGAACCCUUGAAAAAUGUGGUGGAUAAGAGCUGUCCAAGAGGCAUCAUCAGAGUAGAGGAGAGUUUCAGAAGUGGAGCUAAACCUCCUCUGAGAGCCAGAGAUUUUAUGGCCACUAACCCUGAACAUUUAGAAAUCCUGAAGAAGAUGGGGGUGAGUUUGAUUCACCUCAAAGAUGGGCGAGUCCAGCUGGUCCAACAUGCAAUCCAAGCUGCUAGUUCCAUUGAUGCUGAAGAUGGGCUGCGGUUCAUGCAGGAGAUGAUUGAACUGUCGAGUCAGCAGCAGAAAGAGCAGCAGCUGCCUCCACGAGCUGUACAAAUUAUCUCCCACCCGUUUUUUGGCAGGGUAGUCUUAACCGCUGGACCAGCUCAGUUUGGGCUGGACCUAUCUAAACAUAAAGAGACAAGAGGAUUUGUUGCAAGCAGUAAACCUUACAAUGGUUGUUCAGAGCUCACUAACCCUGAGGCAGUGAUGGGAAAGAUUGCCUUGAUACAAAGAGGACAGUGCAUGUUUGCAGAAAAGGCACGCAACAUCCAGAAUGCCGGAGCCAUUGGCGGCAUCGUUAUUGAUGACAACGAGGGGAGCAGCAGCGACACCGCCCCCCUGUUCCAGAUGGCAGGCGAUGGCAAGGACACGGACGACAUCAAGAUCCCCAUGCUCUUCCUGUUCAGCAAAGAAGGCAGCAUCAUCCUGGAUGCCAUCCGGGAGCACGAGGAGGUGGAGGUGCUCCUUUCCGACAAAGCAAGAGACCGAGCAGCAAUAUUAAAAGGUAAAAUGAUUCCAAGCUACAUUAUUAACAGUAAUCCUGAAAUGGAGACUGAAGACCAGCCGUCUUCUGAAAAGGACUCUCAGAAUCAAAGUACAGAACAGAUACUGUCCCUUCCUCAGACAGUUGACCUGGUUGAUCAGGAGACCCCUGAAAACCCCCUAGAUUCUCACUCCGAGUCUUCAUCUCCAGCAGACAUCGAAGAGGCUGCUGGCUUUGCCCCUUCUGAACAGUUAUCUAGUUCCACAGAAAGCCUUGAGACUACAAGUCUUGAUGGUGAAUGUACAGAUUUAGAUAACCAACUUCAAGAACAAUCAGAAACUGAGGAAGAUUCCAAUCCUAAUGUUAGCUGGGGUAAAAAGGUCCAGCCUAUAGACUCCAUAUUAGCAGACUGGAAUGAAGAUAUAGAAGCAUUUGAAAUGAUGGAGAAGGAUGAACUCUGACUCUGUAAGGACUCUGGUGGUAGACAUUGAAAAAGAAGAGGUAAACUGUGGUUUUUGAUACCCUAUACCAAGCAGGCGCUCCUGGGAGGCUCUGAGCAGUGCUCAAAGCACGUUCUGACUGGGGUAAGUAGUUACUGUAGGAAUCUGGAGCAUGCUGUGUUAGAGCUGACCUCACCAAAACUGUCCUAUCCAAAGUGGAAACUCACAACCCCUCAAAUGAUGGUAUUACAUCCCCUGCAGCUCCCAGGCCAGGGGAGGAUGGCUGGCCAUUCCUGGGUAGACAGGACACGAAUUCUGCUGAUGGGAGGUGGGAACUCCAGCCAGUGCAGCUUUCUUAUUGAAGGGAGCUUCACUGCCUUGGGUUUGGGGUCAGAAGGUCUGCUGAGAAGAUUUGAAUGAGUGCUGUGGUACUCUGGCCUUGCUGCCUUCACGGGAACACUUUAAGUGACCUGCAGGUUAUGAAGCAGAGGCAUCCAUAGUAACAACUGUUUCUGCUCAUCGCUUUCACCUGCUUCAUUCAGUGAGAAAUGGUCAAGAUGACUUGAUUGCUUUUUCUCUCCCAACAAUGUCCUUGCAUUUAAACCAAAGGUGAAGCCAGUGUACUUUCUCCAGUGAGUUUUCCUAUAAAGACCUACUGUGGGGCCAGGAAGAGGGUCAUAUAGAUAGAGUGGGAACUGGUUGCUUGAUACCAGGGGUAAGUAGAGAGAAAGAGAAACUCUAAUGUUGCAAUCUCAACUUCGCAUUGGGCCAUAGGGGAAGCUAUGACUACUCUAAGUGGGAAUCAGCAUUAGCUCCUUGGGUGGAUGAGAUGUCUUUCCAGUUCCUUUCUCUAAGGUGGUUUCUCUAGCCAUCAGCCUUACUCCAUCCCAUGUUUAGUGUCCAGUUUGAGCCAGAAGGCUCCUCCCAAGCCUUGUUCCAUUUCCCUCUCUUAUGGAGCCAUGAUAACCCAUAGUAAUGGUCUGCAGUCCCGGGGUGACUACCACCUUUCUCCUUUGAAGUUGGUCUCUAACAUCACACCUAAGGAGUCUGUCACAUUUUUUGAUGAAUCAUGGAUUUAGGUUUAUUUAAUUUUGUUUUAACAAAUACUCCUUCUGAUGUGGACUUGAAAAUUAGCCCUUGGUGACCUGUGUAAAAAACAAAAACAAAAACUAUAUAGCCAUAUAAGAAAAAAAAAAGGUUUCCUUCCUUCCUUCCUUCCUUCCUUCCUUCCUUCCUUCCUUCCUUCCUUCCUUUCUUUCUUUCUUUCUUUCUUUCUUCCUGUGGCAGUCUGGGCUGGCCAUAUUUAUUAUUUUUGGUUUUGCUUAUUGAUAGUUCUACAUUGGAAUCAUGGUUUUAUUCAUUUUAUUUAUUUUUAAACUUAUUUUAAUUACUUCUAAAGGAAUAUUUGAGAGACUUCAUUCCUUUUUACCAUGGCAUUACACCAUAAUCUUUUUCUAAAACAUGGUUUUGAGGUACUGAAUAACUUAGACUAUACACGGAGCUAUUAAAGACAGUAGGGCUGUAUUGUAGUUGUGUAUAUUCAUGUACAGUUUGUCUUAGGUCCCAGGUAAACAUACCCUUUCAUAAGGGGAUGAAUACCUGCUUUCAAAAAUUCCAACUAAGCAUAAUUGGGUCAGUGAGUAAUAAAUCUUAGAGAAUUCCCUGGGGGACGGGGUAGUAUAACAAGUCCUUUAUUGGCUCGUAGUUAAACCUGACACCAAAAUGGGUAUUUUAGUCUCUCUGCAUGUGAAGUUUGGUGCAGGGAGUUAGAGCUGUAAUACGUACGUAGUGCAUACAGAGGGUAGACGUGCUUUGUUGUCCUAAUUUCAAGGCUGCGAGAUGGCGGAAGCUUAGCCACUUGACUUGGUUUACGGACUGGGGCUUGGAGAAAGGAACACUGUUCCUCUGAUGCUUUGAUUGCAGAAGCCGUAUAUGCAUUGAUUUUGUAUUUGUAGCUCAAAGCCGUUGUUGUCUAAACCUAACUCUUUUAAGUUAUCAAAGCAGCAUCAUUUUUUUCUCUCAAGAACUUAAUGGCAUGAAGGAUCCCAUGACAUGCAAGGAAAGGCCAGCUUUCUGCCACUCGCUGUUCCUUUGGCCACCAGGAGGCGCUGUUGCCCUUCAGUAAGGUUUAGAUGGGCUUAUUGAUUUGUUUAGAAAACCAAAUCCUUUAAAGAAAUAAAUUUAAAAUGUUUUACUUACUAUCUAGAAGGAAUAAUCCUCAGUUUUUCCCAUAAGAAGGAGGUAUAUGUUCCACUUCCAACCACAGCAUUCUAGCUAAUUCCACAUUCAUUUUCUUAUUUGACAUACUGCCGCAAGUAGUCUUUGAGUUCAUUAGAAAAUUUUAACAGCAUAGAUUUUUUUUAAUGUUUUUUUGUUGUUGUUUGUUAAAAACUUUUCAUAGAUAUUUUAUUUACUUGCUGAAGAUUCAGGGAAUUCUGAGACCCUGAGUUUAGAAACAUCUGGUCUACCUCAGUUAAAUGUUGACUGCUUAGAAAUCGAGCUGAAAUGAUCACCACAGCCAUAAAAUUGUUUGACUAAGAAAGAUUUAUAUAAUGUUUACAAACCUGGAAUCAAGUAUGGAUCUUACCUGAAAGUUAAAAGUUACCUGUUAGAGCAAGUAUUUAAUUCAGGUAUUUUCAAGUUUUAAAACUUGUUUGCCUAGUAAAAAUAGGUAUAGUUUUUUUUUCCUCACAUAGAAAGUCCAUUGAAAUUAUAUUCCCUAAUUUGCAAUGUUUUCCCCAUAAAAUUUAAGUGUGAAAGAACUGUAGUUUACUAGAUAUGUUUCAGGUGGGAUAUUUUGUUAGGUUUCCUUUUUUCUUUUUAACCUAUGUAAUAAGCUUCCAAAAAGAGUAUAAUUAUUUCAGAACAAAUUAUUUUGUAAUUUUCCUUUCCCUUUUUCUUUACAGUGUUAGAUAUUUUAAAAUGAAAAAUUAUGCACUCUCUGACUUUAAUUUCACUAAUGUAAUGAUUUUCUCGGGAAUUCUUUUAGUUUCAAAUUACCAUCAGAUAAACCUUUCUUAUAGCAAAGCCAGCUUUGUUCCUCACCAAAGCCCUGCCAGGUUCAUCAUGAAGAAGCUCAGCCUAAGUAAUUCAGGUAGUGCUUACCAUUUUAGAGGGUGGGUAGCAUUUAGGAAAUACUCCAACUGGUUGUUUUAUGCGCAAGGCUACAGUCAGAACAUAGAAAAAAACAUUCUGUGAAUGAAACAUUGUAUGUUCAGAUUUUAUAAAAGACAUUUUUAAAGCCCAAUUUACAGCCGUAUAUUUUCUUAUGAUGUAAUUUAUGAAAAAGCCGUCUGUACUAACAGGUGCUGUAACACUACUGUUGUUGGGUUUUAUCGUUUGGUGAUAAAUGUAUACAAUAUUUCUAAUGGAAACUAUGUACUGUGAUGUAAAAGUCUGGGCAAAAUGUAUAUAAUCCUUGUAUAUAAUUGUGUAUUGAUUAUAUUACUGAUUGUAAAUUUAAUAAAACAUGUAAAUAUUCUG